AUGGCCCGCACCUGGGGGCCCCUCAUCCUCUUUCUCCUGUUUUCGCUCCUCCGGGGGCCCUUCGCUCCUGCUGCUGCUGCUGCUGCUGCUGCUGCUGCUGCUGCUCCUAUAAGGAGGAAAGCAGUAGUAAUUGAUGCAGGCAGCACCGGCACUCGGGUCUAUGUGUACAACUACACCUACACCCCGCGGGGCCCCCCGCGCUGCAGGUGGAGCUGCCAGCAGCAGCAACGAAGCGAACCCGGAGUGACGGCUUUUGUGGACAACUUCGAAGACUCUGAAGAAGAAGAUCUGGAGUUGGAAAAAGAAAAAGAAAAAGAAAAAGAAAAAGAAAAAGAAAAAGAAAAAGAAGAAAAGAAAGAAGUGGCGACAAGUGGAGAGAAGUUUCACAGCGACGCAGCAGAGAGCCGCUCGCUCGGGGUGUACGUACAGCAGCUGCAGCAGUUCGUGUUUGCUGCAGUGCCAGCAGCAGCAGAAAGAGCGGAGACUUUUCUUUUCUUCAGGGGCACUGCGGGGCUGCGUUCGCUGCAGCAGCAGCAGCAGCAGCUGCUGCUGCAUGCAAUCUGCAGCAAACUGAACUUGUGGGGUCUCAAGUUCGUCCCGGGGGCCUCCUGCGGUGUACUGACAGGCCACGAAGAGGGGGCCCUCGGCUGGCUCGCCCUCAACCAGCUCUUGGGGGCCCUCGAGCCCCACCUCCUCAUGGUCACUAGCAGCAGCAGCAGCAGCAGCAGCAGCAGCAGCAGCAGCAGCAGCAGCGGCGAGAGCAGCAGCAGCAGCGGCGAGGGCAGCGGCAGCGGCAGCGAGAGCAGCAGCAGCAGCGGCGAGAGCAGCAGCAGCGAUAGCAGUAGCAGCAGCAGCGAGAGCAGCAGCAGCAGCAGCGAGAGCAGUAGCAGCAGCAGCAGCAGCAGCGGGGAGGGAGCAGCAGCAGCAACGAAGAGAAGCACAGCAGCAAUGGUUGAAAUGGGGGGAGCUUCGGCGCAGGUGGUUUUCGAGCUGCCGCUGUCGCUGCUGCCGGAGGAGCAGCAGCAGCAGCAGCAGCAGCAGCAGCAGCAGCAGCAGCAGCAGCAGGUUUCGGGUGUACGUACACCCGAAACUGAAGGGGGCAGCAACUUCUUGCUGCCCGUCAAAGGCCAUUCAGAUUUAAAACUUCUCAAAUUGCAAAAUAAAUAUUUUCUUUUGUUCGCCAAAAGCUACCUCGGCCUCGGCCGGCAGCUAGCGCUGGUAAGAGUUGCUGCGAGGAGUUUAAAAGAACAUUACAAGUCCCAGGCCCUCCACUUGGAACUCCACCACAAACCCUUUCCAAACCCUAACCCCAAAACCCCCAAACCCCAAACCCUCUCCCACACCCCAACCCCGGGGGCCCCCGGGGCCCCCGGGGCCCCCGGGGCCCCGGGGGCCCCCCAAGCCCCAGGGGCCCCCGAAGCCUCAGGGGCCCCAGGGGCCUCAGGGGCCCCUGGGGCCCCCGAGGGGGCCCCCUCGGGGGCCCCGGGGGCCCCCGGGGCCCCCGAGUCUGGAGGGGCCCCUGGGGUGUACGUACAGCUGCCGUCUGCGUGGGAGUACGAAGCGCCCUUGUCUUGCUUUCCAGAAGAUGUCACUUUUAGUUUGGACUUGAGCAGCAGCAGCAGCAGCAGCAGCAGCAGCAGCAGCAGCAGCAGCAGCAGCAGCUACUUCGUGAUGGAUGAGUUCCUCCACAGCGACGAAGGCAGCCGCGGGCGCAGCAGCAAGCAGCAGCAGCAGCAGCAGCAGCAGCAGCAAGAGACGCACACAGCAGCAGCAGCAGCAGCAGCAGCAGCAGCAGCAGCAGCAGCAGCAGCAGCAGCAGCAGCAGCAGCAGAAUCAGCAGCAGCAGCAGCAGCAGCAGCAGCAGCAGCAGCAGCAGCAGCAGCAGCAGCAGCAGCAGCAGCAGAUGUUGAGUUGGGAGUUUGUGACUCGGGAAAUGGAUGA